GCGCAGAGAGAAGAAAGAUGAAGGUGCUGAGCCUGAGGCUGAUCCAGAGCGAGAUCAACGAACUGUAUUUGCUUAUCAGAUUUGCUUGAAAGCUGAUGAAAGAGAUGUGUAUGAAUUUUUCUCAAGGGCUGGAAAGGCGAUCAUAUAGGGUCCCUUAUGGUGCAAUUCUAUUACAUGUUCAGUAUGUGUCACUGGAUCACCUUUUUGUGCGUGAUGUUCGCCUCAUAAUGGAUCGCAAUUCAAGGCGUUCUAAGGGAGUCGGGUACAUUGAAUUUUAUGAUGCUAUGUCAGUUCCAAUGGCUAUUGCUCUCUCUGGCCAGCUGCUACUUGGUCAACCCGUAAUGGUUAAACCAUCCGAGGCAGAGAAGAACUUGGUACAGUCAACUGCCACUUCGGGAGGAGCAGGUGGGCUUAGUGGACCUUUUUCUGGGACAGCUAGAAAGUUGUAUGUGGGCAAUCUUCACUUCAAUAUGACAGAAGAUCAACUGAAACAGGUCUUUGAACCAUUUGGUGCUGUUGAACUGGUUCAAUUGCCUCUUGAUCCUGAAACUGGGCAUUGCAAAGGUUUUGGUUUUGUUCAGUUUGCACGUCUUGAAGAUGCAAAAGCUGCCCAAAGUCUUAAUGGACAGCUAGAGAUUGCUGGAAGAACAAUCAAGGUAUCAGCCAUGUCAGAUCAGGCCGGGGUGCAAGAUACUGGUGCAAAUGCUGGUGAUCUUGAUGAUGAUGAUGGUGGGGGUUUGUCUCUAAAUGCACGUUCCAGAGCUCUUCUGAUGCAGAAAUUGGAUCGUAGUGGCACGGCUACCAAUGUUGCCGGUGUUCUUGUUCCCCCUGUCAAUAAUCCUCACCUACCUUUGCCAUCAACUUCAGUUCUAGGCGCUCCUCCACUAAAUCCUUUGAUACAAUCGACCAUACCUGGACUUGCAGGCUUACCAACUCCUGCAUUGGCUUUUGCUGCAACUAGCACCACUCAAACUGUUGAAAAUAUUGGGGUUCCCAGUGAAUGUUUGUUGCUGAAGAACAUGUUUGACCCUAAUGUUGAGACUGAACCAGAUUUUGACUUGGAUAUUAAAGAGGAUGUGCAAGAAGAGUGCUCAAAGUUUGGUACGGUAAAGCACAUCUAUGUGGAAAAAAAUAGUGCUGGUUUCGUCUAUCUACGCUUCGAAAACACUACGGCAGCCAUGAAUGCGCAGCGUGCACUUCAUGGAAGAUGGUUUGCCGGAAAAAUGAUUACAGCUACCUUCAUGAUUCCUCAGAACUACGAUGCAAAAUUUCCCAAUUGACUAAUGUUAAAAUCUCUCAGAUCAUAUUUGAAAGUUGUGGCCUUUUCGCCGUCUACAGCUUUGUUGGGUGGGAAAUACUAUAAUAAGUGAUGGUGUUGUAGGAUUCGUUCUACUCAUUCUUUAGCUGGUUUGUUUCGUGGGGAGCCUCGGUUCUCCAAUCCCCACACGAACCUGUUAGCCUUGAUGGCAGGAUUAGGAAGGGGAUCAGCAAUGUCUUCCUGUGCUGUACUUUUUAUAUAAUUUUUUUUUUAAAAGUUAUGUGGAGAUAUUUUUAAGGUCUGCUUCGGCUAUCCAAACAGCUGCAUAUUCUGUAAGCAGUCACCAAAUCUGUGAUCUCAAGAACAGCAGUUUAAUUUUUAUUUUUCUUGAUACGUAGGAUGUGGGAAGAAAAAAAAAAAAGAUUUUUGAGUGGUUUGUUCUUUGUUUUAUUUAUUAUGUGGUGCACAUUGGAUGUAUUUGGGACUGAAUGUUUCUCCAUUUUCUUAGACCAUC